AUGAAAGACUCGUGCUUAGCAUCAGUUCGGCCAUCACUAAGGCCCAUCAUCACCGGUUCUGUUGAAGCAUGUGUCCAAAAUCGAAAAGAUGAGUCUCAAAAAGCCCUUCACGUUCGUCUCGCGUUUGACGCCGGCAUUUGCGAGUCGAGACCAAAAUGGCGCGAAUGUCGUGGAGGCAGUCUUCGACCCGAAACAGCCAACGAAGUCUCUUCGUACAGACAGAUUAAGACUUUCAUUGCUCACAUACUUCGAUGCGCCAACAGGUCUCACACACUCUCCAGCUUCUCACAAUUGCGCAACCUACAUUUUAGACCAUCCAUUUUCAUCCAUUUAAAUGGCGCACAAGGGUGUCACAAGACCUACGAAGCAGCUACCUCGGAAGCGGAUCUCAAUCUCUACGGCCCUCUUGACGACGACCCGAUCCAAGACUUCCAGCCGCCAUACUUUCCACCUCCGCCUCCGCCCUACCAUCCUCACCUCCAUUCCCAUCCUCACUCCCAUCCCCAUCCCCAGCCUCACACUCAUCCGCAUCCCCAACCCCAUCUACAUGCCCAUCUUCAUGCCCAAUCGCAUCACAUGCAUCAAAUGCCCCAUUUGCACCAGGCUCCACCACCACCCCAUCUACAGCCCAACCUGCCGGUGCACCAUUCGUCGGCUCCGCUCGUACAUGCUGUCGGACCGUUUGCCGCCGGUCUCUUCGCCCACCCCUCGACACUGUCGACGUCGUCGGACGCAGUCGGCAAUGCUGCCAGUCUCAUGGCCAACUCCAUGGCAACCGGAGUCAUUGGUCUUAAUAGGCACGAUCAGAUGCAGACCCAUCUGACUGGACUGAGCCUACACACAGACAUCGUGUCGUCAGGGCGACGUACAGAGCGUAUCGGCGUCUCGUUGUCCGGUCAGCCGGUCUCGUAUUCUGGCCACUUCUUUACCGGACCGUCCACGUCGGUCGGCUAUCCCCAGAGCUUAGGACUCGAAUACGAGACCGCCAGCAAUGCCUAUCGUCUGCGUCAGGCCCCGAGACCGCUCGAGGGACAGACGAGCCCUAGCUCCGACCCCGGCGCACCAGCCCUCGAAACGCGCAGUGCCUAUGCCAACUCGAACUCGAACUCGAACACAAACUCGAAUUCCAACUCAAACCAGAGCUCAACUUUAAAGUCAAACGCAAACUCGAACUCCGAUUGGCUCGCCUCGCAUCUGAUGGCAGCCGGCCAGGUCAGUGGUCAAUUCUUUACAGAUUCAACGGUCACCUGUAACAGCAGCAUCAACAUCAUCAACAAUAGCAGCAGUAGUAGUAGCGCUGGUGGGAUGAGGACGGCAUCACCGAUCACUUCUUUUGCCUCGAAUGCCUCCGGACGCGACCAGCAACUUCACGACAUCCCGAGCCUACAGAAGACCACCACCACCACCACCACCUCUUCCGUCUCCUCCGCCUCGUCCUCACAACAGACAUCACCGCCACCACCAUCGUCACCCGCGCCAACAUGCGUUAUCGCCACGGCAGAAGCGACUGUAUCCACAGUCGGACGACUCGAGGCGGGAGCAGGGCGACAGACUUUCUUCUGUCCCGCAUCCGAGACGACCCGAGACGCCAGACACACACUGCACGGCCAGUCUCAUGCC